AUGACUGCAAUAACCGUUGGUGUUAUCGGGGCAACUGGCAACGCAGGCCAGACGGUGGUUAAUGGUCUACUGUCUUCACCAAUAGCCUUCACCGUCACAUCUUUCACCCGAGAAUCCUCCGUGAAUCGCUGGGAAAAUCAAAGGCUCAAAGCAAAUGGUGUUUGGAUUGUCGGCUAUGAUAUAAGCGGUCCCCAUCAAAAGCUCGUUGACCAAUUAAAGAAUAUCGAUGUUCUUAUCUCCAGUAUAAAUUGCGAACAUCUCGACUUGCAGCUUCCUUGGAUCAAAGCCGCAAAGGAGGCUGGCGUUAAACGUUUUAUUCCCUCGGAAUGGGUGGGACCAUGCCCUAAAGGUGUCCACUGGAUCAAAGACCAUAAACUUGAAAUCCUAGGCGCAAUUCAACGGGCACGUCUGCCCUAUACCGUUAUUGAUGUCGGUUGCUGGUAUUCGGUCUUUGCCCCUGAGGUCCCGUCCGGCAAGUCAGAUAAAGCUCAUAUGCCCUAUAUUGAUCACCGUAUUGUGGAGGAUGGAAACCAGAAAUUUGCCUUGACUGAUAUAGCAGAUGUUGGCAAGUAUUUUGCUCAGAUUGUGGCGGAUCCUAGGACUAUCAACAAGCAUGUGUUUGCGUACACAGAGGUGCUUAGUAUGCAUGAAAUCUGGGAUACCAUGGCCAUAGUCACGGGCGAAGGAACCGGAGAAGGACUACGUAUAAAUGGCUGGCUAAUUCUCAUAUAUGUUCAGGUGUCUUUGGCAGAUAUCCACGAGAUCAUCGAGACUUACCGAAAAAGACUCGAGAAUAGUCCUCAUACAAUGCAGCAUCCAGAUAAUAUUAUGGACUGUGCCAAUUACAAUAUGGGGCAGUAUCGGAUAUCUUGGUGUGUACGAGGAGAUAACACACCAGAGUACGCCGAAUACCUGGGGUACCUAGGUUUCUGGAAGCUGUUUCCAGAUUUUCAGAAGGGCACAAAUCUCGAGUCGUUCUUUCGGAGCAUUGUUAGCGGGGAGAUUGACUCAACCAACGACCUUGAUCAGUAAUACUGUGCAUAGCUUUCGAGGUCGUGACCCAUAUUAUGGUUAUAUAUCGCCCCAUUUGACCAUAAACGGAUUAUUGGGGGAAUGUUAGGAUAUUGGAAAGACAUGAUCAUAUGUCAGAGAUCAUCCAAGAACGAAUGUAUGCAUAGUCAGCGAUCAGA